GACGUGAAUAAGCUGCGAGAGCACAUCGUUGUUCUGUACGAUCAGGCCCAUGUCAUCGGCUCCGACGUUCCCUUUGGCAAAGCGGUUGUCGAGGACGCACCUAGACAAUCGACAAGUGACGUGGUAAAAAAGACGAGGAUCCGCAAAGAUGCGAUCUACGAGAAAGUUCACGCUGCGGAUGAUAACGCAGAAGGCCAAGAUCAAGAACAUCACGGAAAAC